AUGCCCUUCUUAGGAGGAGUAUUGCGUGGCAUUGUUGAAUUUUCUGCCACGUUCCUUCACUCCGGGUUCAUGGUUGUGGGUAGCUUCCCCGACAACACCAUCCCAAGCAACCUUUCCUCCGUAGUCAAUGGGACUAUGUACAUAUCUACGAUAGGCUGGACUCGGCGGUCGGCAUAUUUUAUCUCUAUCCUUCCCUUCACCGUCAUCACCAUCCUCAUGUUUGCCUCCCCUUUGUACAGCAUCUUGCAUGCUCGGAAAAGGAACAGCGGCUAUAGGACCACCUUCGAUCCGUCAAACCCCCUUCACCUCAUUAUGGCAUCUGCUGAGGCAGGGAAGGCAUCCACCGUGGUGUUGAGAGCCGAUGUGUCCGAGGGAAGUAAGGCCGAGAGAGAGAGAGCUGAGAAAGGAAAGGACGAUACGGCCGAAGAAUAG